GCUCAGCGGCCAUGGAGAAGCCUUCCGGGUGGCAUGACGCUUAAUUAGACUCGCUGUUGCGCUCGCGGCCUACUCUCCCUUCCUCGCGCUGGUGCGCCUCGCUCGGAUCUGCGGGAAGCGAUGCCGACCGGGGACUAUGAUUCCAAGCCUAGUUGGGCAGACCAAGUGGAAGAGGAAGGGGGAGAUGAUGAUAAAUGCAUAACCAGUGAACUGCUCAAGGACAUCCCCCUGAGUGGGGUGCUGAGUGGGGGCAUAACUGUUGAGCCAGAGCUUGUGAAAGGAGAGCCCCUCCCUUCCCCUAAAGAGCUUGUCAAUGGAAACAUCAAAACAGUGACUGAGUACAGAGAAGAAGAGGAUGGCCACAAGGUGAAGAUUAUCCGAACCUUUCGGAUUGAGACUCGGAAGGCCUCCAAAGCUGUGGCAAGGCGAAAGAACUGGAAGAAAUUUGGCAACUCAGAAUUUGAUGCACCUGGCCCAAAUGUGGCCACCACCACUGUGAGUGAUGAUGUCUUCAUGACUUUCAUCACCAGCAAGGAGGACUUAAACUGCCAAGAAGAAGAGGACCCCAUGAACAAGUUGAAAGGGCAGAAGAUUGUGUCAUGCCGUAUCUGCAAGGGUGAUCACUGGACCACUCGCUGCCCCUACAAAGACACAUUGGGCCCCAUGCAGAAGGAGCUUGCUGAGCAGCUGGGACUCUCCACAGGCGAGAAGGACAAGCUGCCAGGAGAACCAGAGCCUGUGCAGGCCCAACAGAGCAAGACUGGGAAGUAUGUUCCGCCCAGCCUGAGAGAUGGAGCCAGCCGCAGAGGGGAGUCUAUGCAGCCCAACCGCAGAGCUGAUGACAAUGCCACCAUCCGUGUCACUAAUCUGUCUGAGGACACCCGGGAGACUGACCUGCAGGAGCUAUUCCGUCCCUUUGGAUCCAUUUCUCGUAUCUACUUGGCCAAGGACAAAACUACUGGCCAGUCCAAGGGCUUUGCCUUCAUCAGCUUCCACCGCCGAGAGGAUGCUGCUAGGGCCAUUGCAGGCGUGUCUGGCUUUGGCUACGAUCACCUGAUCCUAAACGUGGAAUGGGCCAAACCUUCCACCAACUGAGACCCGUUGCCUUGCAUUCAUCUUGGGAAAUUCCCCAGCUCUGUUAAGAGGAGAUACUGGUCACAAAUAAAGGUUCAUUCCAGUC